AGAUCUCAGGGUCACCAGAUUUCCUAUGGACAAUAGUCCUCACACUGAAGGUCGCGUGCGCAACAAGAGCGUUAGCGGCGAAAAGUAUAUGGUUGUUUGGGACAAUUGUAAGGGUACUGAAUCACCAGCUACUUUUGUGCAUGUCGAAGAAUUAUCUGAUCCUGAUAAAGCUUAUAAAAUAUUUUUAAAAAAUCACACUUGUUAUGAUCUAAUUCCAUUGAGUGCCAAAUUAGUCGUGUUCGAUGUCACAUUGAAUGUAAAGAAAGCAUUUUUCGCUUUAGUUUACAAUGGUGUACGUGUAGCUAUAUUGUGGGAUUCCACUGAACAGAAACAUAUUGGCAUGUUGACUAUUACGGAUUUCAUACGCAUAUUACAUCGGUACUAUCGUUCACCAGAUCAACCAAUGACUGAAUUAGAAAAGCAUCAAAUUAAAACAUGGAGAGAACAAUUAACAGAAUAUCAACGUUCAUUAAUUUUCAUCACACCUGAAAGUACUUUAUUAGAUGCUGUACGUAUGUUACUCAGGCAUAAAGUUCAUCGUCUUCCUGUGAUUGAUCCAAUCAGUGGAAAUCCACUGCACAUAUUAACACAUAAACGUGUACUGAAAUAUUUACAUAUUCAUCUUUCUGAACUUCCCUAUCCUUCAUUUAUGUCGAAGAAACUAUGUGAUGUCAAUGUUGGCUCAAUGACAAAUGUAUGUGUAGUUAAUCAAAAUUGUCCUGUUCAUAAAGCUUUACAAUAUUUCAUUGAGUAUGGUGUCUCAGCGUUGCCUGUUGUCGAUCAAGAUGGUCAAUUAAUUGAUAUUUAUGCAAAAUUUGAUGUAAUUAAUUUGGCAGCUACACGAACCUAUCAAAAUUUGGACAUUAGUGUAUAUGAAGCUUUGGAUUAUCGACGUGGAAAAUUCCAAGGUGUUGCAACGUGUCAAUUAGACGAUACUUUGGAAGUGAUUGUGAAUAGAAUUGUCGACGCUGGUGUACAUCGUUUAGUAGUUGUUAAGGCUAACAAAGUAUUAGGUAUUGUUUCACUAUCAGAUAUUUUACGUUUUUUAAUUGCUGAACCAACUGUACAAAAGAUCAUUUCAAAUUAAUUCACAUAAAAAUGUAGUUGAACUUAGUUCUUCUUAUUAUUCGCUUCUCAUAAUGUAGACAUAAUAGAAUAAUCUUUCUUUCUUCUCGUUUCUUUGUGAAAUACACAGACAUACAUACACACACUUCUACAUCUAUCGGUAUAGCAACAUGUGUUCCCCUUUCGUCGAUUUUUUAAAAUAAUUUUCAAAUCUAGUCAUUUAAUAAAAAUAUUUAUCUGACUAGUUAAUUAAUUGAAUUAUGUUUAGUUUCCUGAUGUUUAUUUAUUCUUUUUUGGCGGGGGGGGGAACACAAAUCCUAUCAUCUUAAUAUAUAUAUUAUAUGUACACAUAUGAAUUACUGAUGUAUAUGCAUUUGUUGUAAUGAGGGGGGUGUAUGCAUGUUUUGUAGGUGUUAUAGCAUGCUCAACCUCUUUGAUUUUUUUUCUUUUUUCUUGUUGUUCUUGUUAUUGUAUGGUUUGAACCGAUGCUCCCUCUAUUUCAUUUGCUCUAAAUUUGUUUGUUUUUUCAAGUCAACUUUUAUUCAUUGUAAAUUACUUGUAAUUUCGAUUUUUGUCUUCCUUUUUCUUCUUGUUAACAAUACUACUUUAAUAAUAAUAAUAAUAAUAAUAAUAAUAAUAAUAA